GUAUUUCCUUGUGUCAGUCCAGUUUCAUCUAUUUAGGUGGAAGCAGCAAUUAUACAUAACUAACUUUAAGUAACUUUUAAUAAUACACAGUCUAACAAUCCCCAGAAGAAUGGGAUUUUCUUAUAAAAACAUUUGCAUUCAAUUACUCCCCGUUUUAAGAACUGCUUACGAGGCGAAAUUACUCUUGGUCAAGUGGAGACAUGGUCCUUAUAAAGAUCGCUAUACUGGAAUGAUGAAAAUCACGCACUAUGAGGCUGAUUAUCCCCCCACGAAAAAAAUUCUGGCUGAUAUUGCAAAAGAUCUCGUCCCUGCAAAAUCCAACAUAACCCUCAAUUCACUUGAUCUUGUGGCUCUCCUGUCCUUUCCGGACCCUCCUGCGUACGACGAAUACGUGUUUUUGGGCGACGUUAAUGCAGUCAGUUAUUACGAUUCCAAAGAAGCUGGGUUUCCUGGUCUUGUGGGGGACAAUCGUUGCAUCUGGUGUGACCUAAAAAAUAUCCCAUACGCACAAAUGCCUGCCGAUGACGCCUUGUGGUAUCCAAAAGUUCUGCAAGAUCCUCCAACAAAAGUUAUCGGAAAUUUUCGAUUCAGGGGACCACAAAUGCGACACUUGGAUAGGUACGUAAUGAGUGAAAUUGCAGAGCUCAGAUGGGUUGGUGAUGGCACUGGUUUCUUUUCUCGGUAAUUUAAAUAUUUAUUAAUUUGUUCAAUACGAAAUUUUGCAUGACAAAAUACUGUAUUUUUUAUAUUAUGAUUAUCUUCAAGUUUUAAACUUGUUCCUUCAUGUAAUUGUCAAACUACUUAAUCAUUUAAUAAUGUUAUGCUAAUAUAUGUAUAUUUAAUUAAGUGGACUAAUAUUUUAAUCAUGUUUUUUUUCAUUCUUGAUUCAAAAAUACGCAAUUUUUUUUUUUUAAUUUAAGUACCUAAUUCGAACUAAUAAAUGAAUUGUGCAAUCAACUA